AUGAUCAACAUCUCCCGAUUGAAUGAUACGAUUUGAUUGAAGUAGGUCUGAUUUGAAAAUCUCAAAAAGUACCUUCAAAAUGAAAAAAAAGUUGUUGAAUUUCACUCCACUCAUCUCGAGUUAUUGACGAUUGAAAACAAUCCAUUUUAGCCCGCCCCCUCGUUGUUAUUAUUGUUUUCUUUUAUUUUGCGUGUGGAUGCAGACGUGUUCAGACGUGUUUGAUGAAUGUUGGUGAAUUCUGGAAUAUUGUGACAUAAUUAUUGCAAAGUGACGGAAGCCGGCAGGAUGCCACAGGGACGAAGAAAAGCUCCGUUCAGUGGCAAGGCUAAGAAGCAACAGAUGCAGGCGAAAAAACAUCGAAAACAGACAUUCCUAGAAAACCCCCAAAAGCAAGGUGACGACGUUGAUGAUCACUCAGAGCUGGGAAAAAUUCAAAAAAUCAACAAACAACCUCGUGAUACAACUGGUCGAGACCGCUACGCCCUCCAGUUCUUCCAAGAAUCCAAAGAAGAACUCCAGCACCGAAAAGAGGAGGGCCGAAAGACCAUUCACCCCCUCCCCCUGGACCAACAGGAAGUCUCUUCAAACUACUUCCCAGAGGGUUUGAACAUGCCAAAACGUCCGCCCUGGGACUUCUCAAUGUCCCGAGAGCUCCUAGAUAUGAGAGAACAGAAAUACUUCAUAGAAUACCUGAGACAACUCGAGAGUAUCAAGGAUAUUAGCUACUUCGAGCUGAACUUGGAGACAUGGAGGCAGCUUUGGAGGGUCUUGGAGAUGUCUGACAUUUUCUUAAUCAUAGUGGAUAUCAGGUACCCCGUCCUGAUGUUCCCUCCUUAUCUAUACAACUACGUAACGAAUGAUCUGAAGAAGGACAUGAUUCUGGUUCUCAAUAAGAUUGAUCUGGCUUCUCCAGCGCUGGUCCUCGCCUGGAGGGAGUACUUCCAGCUGCAUUACCCCACAGUUCACAUACUAUUCUUCACAUCUUUCCCCAAGUACAACCUCAGAGGGAACCAAGAAGACGGCGAAGGAUUAAAACAGAGGAGACGAAGAGGAAAGCUGAGGAUGGCAGCAGAAGGCGCCCAAAAACUCCUAUCGACCUGCAAGGCAAUUGUUCGAGACCAGGUGGAUCUGUCAUCCUGGCAGGAGAAGAUACAUGAGGAGAUGCAGAUGGAGUACGAUCUCGAGGACAUUGAUCAUAAGGAGAAUACAAUCGUUAAGAAGGAGGAUACCAGUUACUUUGAGCAUGAAAAAUACAAGAAUGGGGUUCUUACUAUUGGAUGCAUUGGGACGCCCAAUGUUGGCAAGUCCUCGUUGAUGAAUGCAUUGAUGGGGAAGAAGGUGGUGAGUGUGUCGAGGACACCUGGGCAUACCAAACAUUUUCAGACGAUUUAUCUGACGAAGACGGUUUGUCUUUGUGAUUGUCCCGGGCUCGUGUUUCCUUCGACUGUUCCCAAGCAGCUGCAGAUCUUGAUGGGAUCGUUUCCAAUUGCUCAGGUGAGGGAGCCUUACACCACAAUCAAGUUCUUGGGGGAAAGAUUAGAUCUACCAAAAUUACUGAGGAUCCAGCAUCAGGAGAAUGAUGAGACCUGGUCGGCCUUGGACAUCUGCGAGGGAUGGGCUGCCAAACGGAAUUACAGAACUGCCAGAACUGCUAGGCUGGAUACCUACAGGGCUGCUAAUUCUUUGCUGAGGAUGGCGCUGGAAGGCAAGAUUUGUAUUUUUGUUUAUCCAGAAAGGUGGAGCAAGGAAAAGGAAAGAUGGGAGAAACAUGAAGAUGUGGAGAUGAUCAGGUGGAUUCAGGCGAGUGUGAAAGAGGGCGAGAGUGAUUACUGUGGAGCUGAAGGGGAACAUGAUUCGUAUUCGGAGGACGAGGAUAGUGAGAAGAGUGAUGAGGGAGAUAAUAGUGAUGAAGAGGAAGGGGAUGAGGAUGAUGAUGAUGAUGAUACCGAGCACGGGGAGGGGUUGAUGGUGUCUGGAAAUAGGUUUGGAGCACUUGCCGAUGAUUAAGAGAGUUUUGGGAGGGGAAUAAAGAAAAUCAAUGAGAGAAUUGUUAGGAAAUAUUAGUAUUAUUGUUAGAAUAGGUUUGGGGAAAAUGUCAAGAGUUUUUUAAGGGGAGUUUGGUCGGCUGCAAAUAUUACCUUUUGAGUUUUUGUGAUAAGUCCAAUAGUUCUGGAUUAAAAAUUGUAUCGAAUGCAUUCAUAGAUUAUUUUACAAACAUCUUUGAAACUAUUGAAUGUAAAAAGGAAUGUCAAGAGAUCUUUUUGAGCAUGAAAUUCUCCACAGGAAAGAUAUCUUGAUAUUCUCUAAUCACUCAUUACUGAUAAUUCAAUAAACAUGGUAUAAACUACUAGGUUUAUUAACGAA